AUCAUGAAUACAGACUCUGAUGACCAGAUUCCUACCUGGUCUGAAAUACUAGAAGAGAGUGGCAGUCCCACUCCCAUCGGUUAAGAUGAGAGCUGCUGUUGGCAUCAAUAGGACUUUCGCGUCAAUCAAAACAGAGAUCGUGUACGAAGUUGAAGCAUUCACGAACACGCAAAGAUCACAGAGAGCUGCUGGAAUAUUGAAAAGAGCCUUAAACCCAGAUGCAGUGCGAUAUGAAGUUCCCAAGAACAUUCUCAAUACACACCUGGUAGUGGAAGAAAUUGUUAAACAAGCUGGAGAAAUAGCGGGCUUCGCGAACCUUAUGUUAUACCGCAACGACUCAAAGAUGAAUACCUUGGAACUGGUGUUCAUAUCACCAGACACCGCAAAAAUGGCCAUCAACGAAGGAGUAAAGAUCCAGGAUAUGCUCAUCCAUGGUACCCCCUAUGUAGAUGAGGCUCGUCGCCCCCUAAUCAAGGUCAACCUCAGAGGUGUCAAGGAUGAUUUUUAUGGAAGACGAAGACGGCUUCAUUCCAGCCUUUUUUCAAGGUGCACCCAAGAUAUGCUUUCAUUUCUAAGAUCAGAACAAGCCCAGUGGAUUACUGAGCUUCCCUUCCAAGUCGACUGGCUAACAGAAGCUUUGGAAGAUCCUUGAAAAACUGUUUCCACAACCAUCACAAUACUCGAAUCGUGGGAAUUGAUUUAGGAGAAGUCUGCACAGCGGCGGCUUGUGCCAUCCUUAUUGAUAGCGAUACAGCUACAGUGAUAUAUUCCAGUAGUUCAUAUUAUGUAUGCUUUAAAAUUGAUCCCGCCAAUGCAGUGAGAAACCUGGUGGUAAAAAGGAAGGCGCU